AUGGAUGAUAUAAACAAACUACAAAAUGCUGAUGAAGGUUUGAGUAUUUACAAUCAGAUGGUCCAAAUGAGGCCUAUCCCUUGUCCCACUGAUUUUCAUAGACUCCUUGGGGCUCUUCUGGUUCUGGAUGGUCCUUCAUUUGUAAUUACCAUUUUCCAAAAUAUGGUCGCUAAGGGUAUCCGGUUUAAUCAGGACCACGAAACUGAUCAUCCAAUGUUGCAGCUGGGAGGGGGGAUUUUUCAACAGCAGAGGAUCCGCGAGUUGGAAUGCUUGUUCAAAAAAAUUGCAGAUGAAGACGGUGGAAUGUGGGAUGUUUGUGAAAGUGUGAUCAAAGGGCUCUGCGAGACUGGAAACUCAAUGGAAGCUGUCAAGUCGAAUCUUGGUGAAGCUACUCGUCUCAUGCAGAAAAUGAUGGAGAAUGGAUUUCCACCGUCCUCUUCCAAUUACAAUACAUUGGUUGAAGGUUUGUGUAAACUGGAAAGAAUGGAUGAGCUCAAAAAGGUUUUGGCUGAUAUGCGGGAGUUUGGAUUGGCUCCUGACUUGCUCACUUGUAAGAUCGUCAUUGAUUCACAGUGUAAGUACGGAUGGAUUGAUUCGAAGGUUGUGUUUGAAACUAUAAUUGAAAGUUAUUGUUUUUGUGAGAGUGGAAACGUUGCGGAAGCUUUGAGCUUUUUGAAUAAGCUGGAAAUGGAUGGAGUGGAGCUGAAUAUAGAAGUCUACAAUACCAUUAUUGAUGGUUUGGGUCAGAGAGGGGAAAUUGAUAGCGCAAGGGAUAUUUUAAACAGUUUAUCUAACAAGGGGUUGGUUCCUGACGUAGUCACAUUUAACAAUAUGAUGACGGGCCUGUUCGCGAAAGGUCUAGCGGAGGAAGCAUAA